UAAACAUUGCUCAGGUUUUAUUGCGGCGAGACGUGUUUCUGUGUCGGUGAACCAACGAUACAGGAGGGACGGAGACCGAAACCCGACCGGACGAGGUACUUUUACUGUCUGUUCAGUAGUUUCAGACCAACUACGGACGUUGUUCUCACGGUGACUACAAGCUAGUCCGGGGCCAUUCCUCAGCGCUGGAUGGGCGUGUAGCAGUUAGCAAACAAGUUAACUUUUUCUAGGAUGGUAACGAAGAUUAACAGUAGUUAACGGUUGUUUUUCUACACUUCGGUUCAAUACCUUUACUUUAAGGUAAUUAGAAGGUGACUAGUUUUGCGAGAAACGCCUGUAACAGUAGUGGGGGUCCAACCGCGUGAUUUUCUUUCCCCCGUCGACGACGCCGGGGUUUAAAUCCUGAAAAUGUCGACCUACAGUCGCCAUCGACACGGAUCUCCUUCACCCAAAACUCGGCCAAUUCGUCAGAAAUUACAGUUCACAUCCAGCGAUGGAGAAGACGACCCCAUUGAGGACGUUAACAACAGCACUGGGGGUGAGUCUGGCUUCACGGAGAUGGAUUCCCCGAUGCCAGUGCGACGGGACACCGCCGACAAACUGCUGGAAGGCAGCAGCAGUCCCUUGAAUCAGUCCGGCGGGGACGACGACGUGGAGCUUUGGGACGAGGAGGGUUUUGGAUCCCCGUCUCACCUACGGUCACCGAGCAGUGUUAUCUAUGCUAACUGUUCACCAUCACCGAGGAAAAGCCCUCGGCUGUACGGAGGCUCACCGGAGCGCUCCUACGUCCAGGACGACGGGGAAGGAUCCAGCUCCCCGAUCCCAGACUGCCCCGACACACCUCCGCACAAAACCUUCAGAAAACUCCGGCUUUUUGACACACCGCACACACCAAAGAGUUUGCUAUCCAGGGCGAGAGGCUCUGGACUGGGGUCCGCCAGCAGGAGAGUUGCCCUGUUCAAGAAUGUGGAGGCCUCAGGAAAGUCAAUCACAGACAGUGGCAGGAGACAGCAGACCCCGCUGGUCAACUUUAACCCCUUCACUCCUGACUCCCUCCUCAUCCAAUCUGCCACACAGCAGAGGAACAACAGGAAGAGGGCACACUGGAAUGACUCCUGUGGAGAAGAUAUGGAGGCAAGUGACGGUGAAGGAGAGGAAGAAGUCCUCCCACCCUCUAAGAGGAUCACCAUGAUGGAAAACAACAUGAUGUCCCGGUACGCCUCAGAGUUCCUGGAGCUGGAGAAAAUAGGCUGCGGGGAGUUUGGUGCUGUGUUCAAGUGUGUGAAAAGACUGGAUGGCUGCAUCUACGCCAUCAAGAGAUCAAAGAAACCUCUAGCAGGUUCAGUAGAUGAGCAAAAUGCCUUACGGGAGGUGUACGCCCACGCUGUGUUGGGCCAACAUCCCCACGUGGUGCGGUACUAUUCAGCCUGGGCAGAGGACGACCACAUGCUCAUCCAGAACGAAUACUGUAACGGCGGCACACUGUCAGACGUCAUCACAGAGAACUACAGGCGGCUCAGCUACCUGUCGGAGCUGGAGCUGAAAGAUCUGUUGCUGCAAGUCACACGUGGACUCAAGUACAUCCACUCGACUUCUCUGGUGCAUAUGGACAUUAAGCCCAGCAACAUUUUUAUUUCACGGAAAUCCGUAGCAAGCUGUGAUGAAUGUGACGAGGAUGAUGGUGUGACUACUAGUGUUGUUUACAAAAUCGGUGAUCUUGGUCAUGUGACAAGAGUAAACAAUCCACAGGUUGAGGAGGGUGACAGCAGAUAUCUGGCUAAUGAAGUUUUACAAGAGGCCUACAGCAACUUGACAAAGGCAGACAUCUUUGCUUUAGCUCUGACUGUUGUCAGCGCCUCUGGGGCCGAACCUCUACCCACCAACGGAGACAAAUGGCACGAGAUCAGACAGGGCAAACUCCCCGCCAUUCCUCAAGUGCUUUCUCCAGAGUUCCUCAGUCUUCUUAAGCUGAUGAUCCAUCCUGACCCAACCAGACGACCGUCAACCUCUGACCUCAUCAAACACCCGGUGCUUCUGACUGCUGCUAGAAUGAGUGCAGACCAGCUCAGAGUCGAGCUUAAUGCAGAGAAGUUCAAGAACGCCCUGCUUCAAAAAGAGCUGAAGAAAGCCCAGAUGGCCAGAGCAGCAGCAGAGGAGAAGGUUUUGUCUACCGACAGGAUCCUGACUCGCUCCACAGUCCAGGCCAACCCCAGAACAUCAAGGCUCAUUGGAAAGAAGAUGAAUCGGUCGGUCAGCCUCACAAUCUACUGAGACUUUACUCCGCCCCCACAGGAAGUUAAACACGAAGGCUCAUGGACCUUUUAUUCAGAUCUGUUCAGUUGAAAUGGUCUCUUUAGUUUUUCUUUCGAAGGAGAACACUGUCAGCUGUGGUGUUGGGCUCUUCCGCCCAGUAAAGCUGUAGACUGUUGCCACACCGAACUGGAGCUUAUCUCACUUGACUCUUGUUGCCAAUAUAGUUCAGCCAUUUUCCUGAUGGAAUUUUUCCUUGGAAAAUGACUUCAUUCCUCGAAGGUAGUUGCUUUACCUUUUACACUCAGUCAUUCCUUAAGUUUGCAUAGACGUCAGGCUCUUCUACCGUCUGUGUCUUUGCACUUCCCUCAGCAAAGCCGAAGCCUGGUGGCAACGGAUCAAAGCCGCAGCGAAGCUCUCUUCAGUGUGAAUGUACUUGCCGUAGCCGUGCGCACCUUACUGCCUGUCAAAUGCCUGAUGCUGCGUACCAGAGGGUCUGAGAACUGACGAUUUUCUGUGUUUGUAAUGGAGCACUUUGAAGGCAACACGUGGAACUUGCCACAUUGUUUUAAAAAAAAGAAAAAGUGAGAGAGUGAAGAAAUCUGCUGCUAUUGAUGUUUUGUGUGUAUCGGGGUUGGUCAGUUUUGGGUUGGAUCGUUCUGGAGGUCAUUGGCUGUUAUUUUUCAAGUGGCAGAAGUCCAUGUAAUGCCAGUUUUUAUUUUUCUGGAUGGAUGGAAAAGUGAUAAUGCCAUUAGAAGAAAAUAUCCAAUUAGUUUGAAGCAACAAAGCUAGUGAGCUAACUCAUAAUCCGUGAGGUUAGAAUUGAUCCAGUAUUUUGAACUGUUGAUCUGUGCUGCCAACCCUGCCUGUAGCAUUAGAACAAUCAUUGUCCUGUUCUUUGGAUUCUCAUGUGUUCUGUUAUUUUGUAUUUCUUUUUCUGUUAUUGUCACAAAACCCAUCUUCUGUUAUUGUUUAGGCAAGUAUUCCUCAUUCUUCUGUUCUUGUAACCCUUAACAUGAAAGAAAAUGUUUCUGUUGUUGUAACAUGUACAUAUGUUCUUUUAAUAAAUUCUCACCACCUAUCCUUUC